AUGGUGAAGUAUGGGUACGAUCAGACAGAGUUUAUCAAGGAUGUGCGCACGAAGACAGAUGCGGAUGGAGUAAUGCCAACCUGCCCCCACUGCAAAUGCAACAAAUACAUUGACAUUGGGCGCUCUAGAUGGAUUGAGUCGCCCAAGAUUCUCUUUGGUAUUGACAGUCACCGCUACCUUGAUACGAAACUGUACUACUGCCGAAACUGCACCAAGCAUUUCAAUGGUUUUAACAAGACGUCACUGCAGCUGGAUUCACAUCUCUGGGUUGGCUUGUUUGACUUCCAUCUCACCGAUACCUUUGCUGUUGAUGCACAACUCUACAGUGACAUCAUUAACUCGACAGAUCAAACCUCUACAGCUAUAGCGAAGAAGUAUGCUCAGAGAGUAUUUGACAAGUAUGUGAGCGAUUUUCACUACUAUCUUUAUGCUGUGCGAGGAAACAAAGUGAGAGCAGAAAGGACCGAUGUAAGCAGUGCUGACAGGACACAGAGGACUUUGGAUGAUAUGGUUGCACCGCCCACCCAGUUAACAGACAUGCAGAUGACAGUGUCGACAUUGCAGAGACUUCUAAGGAAAGCCAAAUUCCACCAAAGUCAUACAGACGCCAUGGUAGAAGAUGACCUCGAUUUCAAGGACGUCGUGUCACGCAAGAAGAACAGAAAUGAGAUGAAAGCUCCUUUGUCAGGCAUUGGUGUUGGGAAGAUGAGGGACUUGAUUGCUGUUGGUGUUCACAAUGGCAGACAAUUGUUGCAGUAUGACAACCUCAGUAACAAAUUCAAGAAGGAUGUCCUCAAUGGGUGGAAACGAAAGGUUGACGCAAUAUUCAAAGAGAGGAAACGCGAGGC